AUGGCCCGCCAGCCUCCUAACCCACUCGUCGAGAAGUGCAAGGAAGUCCCUCACUUGGAGCACCUUGAGUUGCUCUUCUAUGAAGACGACCAGAAAGGCUUGCUUCGGCACAAGACGACUGGGGAGGUGGUCCGUCUACCAAACGCCUUUCUGGGACUCCACUUUAACGAGCAUGGCAUGGCCUAUCUGGAGAUUGAUGGGGCUGCGCCGAUGUGGGCAAGCAGCUUGCUGAAGCAUCAUUUGUUCGAGGAUGAACGGUCCUGCAAGUCGGAGGAGUUGCUGGAGAGGCUCUUCGUUGUCAGGAAGAGUCAGGCGGCCAAUGAUGGUCUUUCCCUGGAAUGGUUGCAGGACCAUCGUAGAUCCCACAGCCUUCUGUAUCCCCAGGACACGAUGCGUGGUGCUUUCGAGGAGAGACCUUUGACACUUCUGUGCUUCCAGUGGGUUCCUCAGCACGAGUGCCAGUGCUACUGGCUGCUUCGGGCAUUGACAAACGUGAAGAAGAAGGUUCUUCUCAAGAAGCUGCGUAAAUCCUGGAUCCCGGCUUUCAAUGCCCGCAAAGUGGCGGGCUCCACGGACCAUAAGACUCAGGGGCGUGACGACAUAGUUUGGCCCGAAAGCGCGGCCGUUCCCGAUGACAGGGACACGCGUCAAGGACAUGAUGCUUUCGUUUCUACCAGGUUCAUGGUCUUCCUCAUGGUCCUUCUCACGAAGCAUUACCGGCAUUGCAAGGAGUGGCUGAAGCUGGUCUUCGAGCAACUGCUGCCGAAACGUGUGAAGCUGCGUGUGAACAACAGCGCCCAAUCGGUGCGGGUUCGUCAUUGCCUUGUGGACCUCGGGGAGGUGACCCAGCGCUCUGCGUACAAGGAGCGAAUGCGGCACUGCAAAAGGCAGGUGCCUCUCAGGUUGCGACAAAAGCUGCGGCUGGAGGAGGUCCUUCAUGCACUCUGGCCCUUGAAGGACUUAAGAUGGCUGCUGUGGGACCUGAUAGAUGGGGUCUCUAGGGAGUUGGAGAUCGGGGUCCAUCUCUCUCAAUUUCACAAAGCGCCAGCAGACAAGGAUGCCUUUGUCCAAUCAGAGGCGGACAUGCGGGACCCUCUGGUCCGUCAGAAGAGAAUGGAGGCCGCUCUUGGCAAAGCCUGGAAUGCCAACAAAAGAAAGGGCAGCAAGGCCCCUCAAACGGAGGCGCAGCGGACACGGCUCCGCAUGCAGGCCGAGGCGGCCCGACGCUUCACAAAGACGCUGCAGAGGAAGAAAGAGCGGAGCAGGUACCUCCUUUCCGCACGACGGCUCUUCAACAACGCUCACUUCGUCCACGUGGGCUUGGACGGCGGAAGAGCUGGCGGACGCAAGCGCUGGCUGUACUGUGUGCUGGAUGCGGACACCGGGGUUUCUGCAUGGGCUCCUCCUCUGCGGUUCCAAGAUGGCGGGUACCGUCCCCCUGACUCUGAUAAAGGUCCCUCUGCUGCAGAGCAGAAGAGAUUGGAUGCCAGCAGCUUGCGGUUCCUCGACAGCUUGAAACUCAUAGAGGCCACUGCUCCCACAACGGCCCAGCCCGUAGUUGCCAAGCAGACCCGUGGUCCUUCCUAUGAGCAAGUGGUGGGCCUCGACCAGACGUUGAAGUGCAUGUUUCCUGCUUUGGAGGAGGGUCUUGGGUCCUUCUCGAAGCCAGCUGGGGACAGAGACUUGAGGCUCCUUCCUACCUUGGUCGUGACGUCGGAUGCUGGACCGGACCUUCAAAGUGCGUUGCAGUUUCUGCAAAAUGGUCUUUCUGUCCGCAUGGUCCAUCUAUGGGAGCCACGGCACAGAUUAGCGCGAGAGCUGGAGAACAGCAUCGCGCACACGGUCCAUCUGAAGUCCUCGCUGGGCGUCGCAGAGAUGAUCCUGAACUUUUCCCGUGGUCCAUGGUCUGGUCAUCGCUGGUUUCGGGUCCUCCAGGAGGAGUGCGUGGACUUUGUGUUGAUGUUGGAGGCAAGUGGAACGCCUGAGUCGUCGGCCCUUCUGCACUAUUUCCGACCCAGAAUUGCCCGUGACCUGGGCUGGAGUGAGGCGGAAACCACCAUGGAGCAGUGCCAGGCCCGUCUUCGAGAAUGUCGGUUCCUUCAUGCGCGAGGUCCUUCCACCACAUCCCGGUGGGACAACUUCCACCAAGGAUGGAAGUCCCUUCGUCCGGAAUUGUCCCUCCUCAGCCUGUUGCUCAUCUCCUAUGGUGUGAAAAUGGGUUUCUUGGGAGGGAAGAUGAGCCAGACACGGAACCCCCGUCCAUCCAUAGAGGCCCCCGAGGAGGACCAGGCGGGGACGAUGAAGGGGGAGACUCGACAGAAGCUCUGGGCACGCUGCUCGAACAAGCUGCACUGUGUUUGCAUGGCCCUUGUUAACGAGGGCCUUCGCUUCGACCUGGAUGCAUGGUUCUUCCUGUCGCUUCCACAGUCUGAGGCCCUUCACACGCUCCGAACAGAACUGCAGAGCGGUCCCUGUGGAGCUUUCAAGGCUCAGAUGUCGGAAUCAGAAGGCGCGGCGCUGGACAUUUGCAACCGCAUCCUGGAGCAGAUGAACUCACCUGACGUGUGGUCCUUCCUUGGCCUGUGGUCUGGAGGUCAGCUGCUGGGAGGGUUCGCUCGCCAGAUGGACCUGGCCCAUCCUGAAGUCCGGCGCCAGGCGGCCCUGAGAAAGAGAAUGCUAGACAUGAUGCUAGCCCUUCUGCAGCAGAAGCUUCUCUACGCUUCGGUUCCUCUGUUUUCAUAUCCUCAGCGACUGGUCCUUCUCGCGUCCCCAUGUGAGGCCACAGCCAACGCAGCAUUGGUUCAUCUGUACCGCUCCUAUUCCGCGCACCAGAUUGCGUGCAGGACCAAUUCCAAGUGGUGCAAAGCGUAC